AUGCACCAGGAAGAACUUGCACAGCGCCAGGCCAACCGUAUUGUUCGUCGUCACAAACGAAUACCCUUCCAGGAUAAUGGGAGGCGAAUGAAGCGUUGUCUCGUUGCGCUUGCUGGAGGACCUGGAAGUGGUAAAUCUACUCUUGCCGCGAUGAUAGCUGAAAAGGUCUCACAACAGCACGUCAAAUGCCAAGUGAUAUCUAUCGAAGGGUUUAUGAAACCCAAGGCAGAGCUCUCGAAGCAGCAGAUGAAGAGACGCGGGGCAAUCGAGACCUUUGACGGAAAUGCGGUAUUGAGAAUGUUUAGGGUUCUGCGCGAGAGAGGGCCGGGCCAUGAACUUCGUGCUCCUAGCUUUGACGAGGAACGGCGCGAUCCCGUGCAAGACGACCAGCUUAUCGAGGCAGAUACCGAGGCUAUCAUUUUCGAGGGCAUAUACCUCUUGGCGGAUAGAGAACCAUGGAACAACAUUGAAAGUCUAGUAGAUGAGAAAUGGUUUAUUCACGUACGUCCCGAGCUAUGCAGGGAGCGAGUUGCCGAUAGAAGGACCAAAAAGGGUAUCUGUAGGACGAGGGACGAGGCCUUGAAACAAUACGACGAGUCGGAUGGCCUGAACAAUGAAUUCAUAACGAAACAUCGGUAUCAAACUGAUGUUAUUAUCGAAAAUAAUGAAGAGUUAUCAUUAUGGGAGCCGGAUGGUGACGAGGUUUGGUGA